AUGCCCAAAGGCGUGAUAGCAAUCGUGGGUACGACGGGAGUGGGAAAGUCCGAUUUAGGAAUUCAACUGGCAAAAACCUUGGGGGGAGAAAUCAUUAAUGGGGAUUCCAUGCAGGUUUACAAGGGGUUGGACAUCAUAACCAAUAAAACACCGAUGAGUGAACGAGAAGGGGUACCACAUCACCUCAUAAAUUUUCUUGAGCCACAUCUUGAAUAUCGCGUCACGGAGUUCACCAAAGACGCAUUAAAAAUUAUAAAAGAAAUUCAUAAACGCGACAAAAUUCCAAUCAUUGUUGGGGGAACUCAUUAUUAUAUACAAUCUUUACUCUGGAAAAAUUCCCUGAUUGGCAAUGGGUCCAUUUGUGACGAAAGUGAUUCCGAUGACGCAUUAGAAUUCAAAGAAGUUCUUGAUGUCGAAACAGAUGUUCUUUACAAACGCCUCCAGGAAGUUGAUCCGGUGAUGGCUAACAGGUGGCAUUGGAAUGAUCGAAGAAAGAUCCGCAGGAGUCUGCAGAUAUAUUUGCAAACCGGAAAACCUCAUAGUGAAUGGAUCAAGGAACAACAUCAACCAGGAGAAAAGGCUUCUUCAUUAAGGUUUCCUCUUACCUGUAUUUUCUGGUUAUAUGCUGAUCCCGGAGUUCUUGAUAAAAGAUUAGAUGCAAGGGUGGACAAGAUGAUUGAGAGAGGUCUUUUUGACGAGAUAAAUUAUCUGAGAAAUGAAGUCAAGAAUGGAAAAAUACGAGUACCGUUGGAUCAAGAUACCGAGUUCACACGGGGAAUCUGGCAAGCCAUUGGAUACAAAGAAUUUGAACCUUACUUAAAGGCUUUGGAAGAGACAUCAAGUUCAGAUUCGGAUAAUCUUAAUGAUUCUUUAAGAGCCUCCGGCAUCGAGAGAAUGAAGAUUGUCACGCGCAGAUACGCCAGACAUCAAAUACGAUGGAUUAGGAAUAGAUUAUUGCUUAAAUAUCAACAAACUAUUCAGGAAAAUGCGAACGGGACCGAUGCCGAUUGUAUUAAAGUAUACUUGUUAAAUGCAACAUCGCUUGAAACAUGGGGUCAUGAUGUUCGUGACAAGGCUAUCUCUAUCGUUGAAGAAUACAUGAAAACUGGAAAUGGCCCGGACCCAAGUUCGAUAAAUCCCGAAUUUGCAGAACUUUUAAAGCCAACAAGAGACACCGAUACAUUCGGAAGUCUAACCACAUGGACCAAGUAUCAAUGCGAUCUUUGCAGCUUAUUCAAUGAUAAUUCGCCAGUGAUAAUAAACGGGCUUUACAGCUGGAACCAGCACCUGAAAAGUAAGUGGCAUAAAUCAAAUGCCAAAUGGAAAAAAGAGAUUGAUGAAAAGUGGGAUGGUAAAUUCCCACCAUGGUUCAGAGCACGGAAGAAGACAUCAAAUGUCACUAGUGAAAAUGCGAAUGGCAUUUGA